GAGUAGAGCAGAUGUUGUGUUUGAGCGUCGUCGUCGACGAUAAGGGUAAUGUGUCGGCACUUCGCAAACAAGCGAUUCAGUUACAAACUGAAUUGGUGUCGGUGCAGUUUGGUUUAGUGACAAGCUCUGACAGUGUGUUGCUCACUGAAUUCUUUUGGUGGAUAGUAAUACUCCAACUCAGGUCGGUGUUGUGUGUAUCCUCGAUGUGGAAGUUCGUCGUAAAUCAACUGAAAAUGUUCAAGCAUGAACAAUAUUCUUCUUUGGUGAUCAAAUGGCUCAAGUUUGAAAUUAAAACCGGUGCAUAAAAAUAGAAUUUGUGUCUAUAAAUGAAUGAUAACGAAAUCGCGUACAACUUCAUAAAUUCGAGAGAGAAAAAAAUGGAAAAAACGUGAUCAUUUGAGAUGAAGCAAAAAAAAGAGAGUGUAUAAAAAGAUUUCAAAUAAAUCCCCUGAGUGCAUACGAAAAUAAACACAAUUGACAUUUGUUGAAAGAGAUUGAAGCGAUAGAAUGCCAAUUUCGUCAAUAUAUUUUUUUUCGAGUGACUGUCAAGUUAAAUAAACAGCGUGGUGUUUUUCUGGUGUGAGCGCAUUUUGAAACUGUGUCAAGAUCCAUUCGCGUGUUUAAGAACCGUAUUAAAAUUUGAUACUGAUUAAAUGUGAAACGUGAAUUCAACUCAAUAAUUCAACAGCAAUCCCCUCACGAACAAGAAACGAAAGGAAUCAUACAUAAUACAAUAUGGCAAACGUUAAGCUCUUCAAGAAAUUCUACUUAAAAAUAUUACUCCAAUUCGUAUGCAGCACUUUACUUAUUCAGGGCACAAGCAUCCAGCAGACAGAACCGCAACCGGAGUUCCUCGCUCCGCUAGAUAAUUUUACAGUGACUCAAGGACGUGACGUUUCAUUUACAUGUGUUGUAAAUGAUUUAGGACACUAUAGGGUGGCUUGGAUAAAAUCGGAUUCAAAGGCAAUUUUAGCAAUACACACACUAAUGGUUGCACUGAAUCCACGUCUAUCCGUAACACACAACGGUCACAAUACGUGGAAAUUGCACAUAUCACACGUUCAGCUACACGACUCUGGAUCGUAUAUGUGUCAAGUGAACACGGAUCCGAUGCGAAGUCAGUGGGGCCAUUUGAAUGUCGUUGUUCCGCCAGACAUUCUAAACGAGGCUGAUACCAAUGGAAGUAGCCUAGAUGAAAGUGUCACCAAUGAAGGCGGCCAAAUUCAAUUAGUGUGUAUUGCAACUGGCGUUCCAGAGCCAACGACGACCUGGAGACGUGAAGGUGGCAAAGAUAUUGUUUUACGUAGCGAAGGACGCGAUAAACAAUAUGUUAAGCACGUCGAUGGCAGUAGGUUGGUGCUGCAUCAAGUGCAACGAACGGAUAUGGGCGGUUAUAUGUGCAUCGCAUCGAAUGGAGUUCCGCCAACCGUCAGCAAGCGAUACGACGUUCAAGUGAAUUUUCCACCGAGCGUAAAAGCUGUUAAUCAUGUUGUUGGAGCGCCCGUCGAGAGUCACGUUCUAUUGGAAUGCACUGUUGAAGUAUUUCCGAAACCGUUGAACGGUUGGUAUAAAAACGACGGGAGUAUCAAGUUGCACGAUGGUUCAAAAUACGUCAUCACAGAGCGAUUGAUGAAUAGUUACACGUGGCAGUUGAAUUUAACCAUAAAGAAUCUACAGAAAAAUGAUUUUGGCGAAUAUACGUGCACGAGCGUGAAUGCGUUGGGCAAACAAGAUGCUCGCAUUCGGCUGCAAGAGCUGAAACUCAUAACGCGGCCCGUAACAACAACAACACCAACACCGUACGUGUAUACAACGGCGAAGCCGCCACGGCGCAAACAACACCAAAGUCAUAACCAUAAAGGUCAUGACACAUCCAACCGUGUUAAAGAAAUAUUACAACCAAACAAUUUACAAGAAAACGAGAUUGUUGGAGCAGCUGCUGGUGGCUCAAUCGAAGUAUUUACACAAGGUCCGAAUGGUCGAGCAUCUGGUGCGAAUGUCGGCGGCGGUGGCAGUGGUGCGGGAAGUCUGGGCUCAACGAAUGGCAACAAUGGUCCAAAUGGAGUGGAUAAAUCGCGAACAUCGCAUGCGAAUUCAGGUGAUAUGUCGUCAUCAAAUCGACCAGGCUGGUUCCUUUAUCCAAGCAGUAGUGUCAAAUCAACAACGAAUCUCGGUGACAUUGCCAUUUUAUCAAUCUGUAUGCUGGUCAUUCUAUUGUCGGCAUUGUAAUCGUCGUCGUCGUCAUCGUCAUACAUACACACGACUGAUGCGACUCGACUGUCAACGCUUUCGUUUCAUACGUGGAUGAAGCAAAAUAACACCACGCAAACUAGUUUUCCUGCAUUCGAAACAAACGUGAACGGUGCUCAAAAAUGAACAACAAAAAAACUAUUUGAAAACAUAAAAUUCUCUGUACAUAGCACAUUUUAAAUGAAUCCUACACAGAAAAAAAUCAUUCAAAACAUUCCGGAAUAUCGUUCUGAUCCAAAUUUAUUAAAUUUACUAUACACAAGUCAUAUGCAUUUAUUCCAAAUUCAAAAUGUCAGCAUCGCAAAACGAAAAAACAAAGUGAGAAAAAAACACCAGUAAAAUUUACUCCAUGAAAUUAGAAUGUGUAAAAUGGCAUCAUAUAUCUUGUUCGAAAAUUAUUAUAAUAUAUAAAACAAACUAUUCCCCAACACUCAAAAACAAAUUAUUAAAUCCUAACUAAUUGACUAACAAACAUUUUAAAUAAAAACAACAAACAAACAAGCAACUAAAUGUGUAAAGGCAAAUAUUGUUGAUGAAUGUGAAAUAUUUUUUAGAUGGAAAUAUAAAUAUAUGUUAUUCGAAUUGGUGCAAAGCGCCGCAAACAUACAAAAAACGUAUCGUGUCAAAAAUUAUUAGCGGAAGUGAACGUUCGUUUCACUUCACAUUUGUACAUAUUGAAUGAAAUUAAGCGUAACAUUUUCACUCUGACACGACAACACGUGUGGGAUGAAAAUGGGAGUGAGUGAAAACCGAACGGAUAUAUAUGUGUACAAAGGUCAUUCGACUUCAAAAUUUAAGUAUUUCCAUGAUUUUUGGUUGUCAGUCAUUCGGUAACGUAAUUGUACGGCAAAAAUGUGUUAUAUGAUUUACAUAAAUUUAAUUAUAUGGCAGAUUUCGAUCAGGAUGAAUUCAAUGGAAGGCCAAGAAGCUCAUGGAGCAUUGCUCAAUUAGAAGCCAACGUUAAAAGCUCAACUUUCGAGACAAACACAAAUUCAAUCUGUCAAAACGGCCGCAUGACAAAGCACGACAAACAAACUCUCAAAUCAAUUUGAUUAAAUUGAAUUAAGUGCACUUUAUGUAAUGAUACAGUUGAACAUAAGUUUCGUGGAUGAUUUGCUGCGGCCAAUUUGAAUGCGUGAAACGGACACAAAAUAGGCAUUUAUCUGGUUGUUUGCACAAAAUUAUGACGGUACAACAUGAUCUUGAAAGCGAUUUAUCCAAGCGAUUUGACACAUAUAUUUUUUUUGUGAGUGUGUCGGUCAGAUUAAAUUUUUUCUUUUUGCCAUUCAUAUUUUCAGUUGCAUAAAAAUUGUCUCGCGACAGGAAACAAGCGCAUUUUUUUCCGACUGCGUUAGUUGAGGCCGUUUGCAAUGGCUCCCGGGCAUAUUCAGCUUUUUUCGGAUCUAAAGCAAUAGAGAGAGUAAGAGGAAGAGAGGGCGAAGGGGAGAGAAUCAGAGGAAAAGAGAGAAUGAGCGCGACAAAAAACAACGUUAACAAAUUUGCAAAAUGUCAUUGCCGAUAAGCGCAAUUUAUGGUAGUGAACACAACUAACGCCGCGCUUUUUUUUCAACAAGAACUUUUUGUUGUUGUUGUUGUUUGCAUUUUAAUUUUGCUAUGUGUUCCGAAAAUUAGGUUGAUUCGUUCUGAUUCCCAUUCUUUUUUUUCCCUUGCUGCGUUCUUGCUCUUUUACUCUCAUGCCAGUUGUAAUGUUACGCAAAAGCCAUAUAUGAAGUGUAUGUAAUAGCGGUCAUGUCGUUUGAUAUGCAACGUUUUUCAGUGUUGUUUAUGUAUCCGUGCUUGCACACAACACACAAUCAUGAUACGCAAAAGCCAGAGCCAAACUUUGUAUGCAAAUCUAAUUCUCUGACGUUCCUUUGCUCGCAUUUUGUUUCAUCGCGUCCUCGGGAAGAAACAGACGAACAAAAAAACACAUUCGCAAAAAUGAUAAAUAUGAUUUUAUUUCCACUGGUGCUAAUUCUUUUCCUUUUUUUUAUAAUUCUGCACAGAAAAAUGUUCGGCGUUUUUUUGUGCAUCUCUUUCGAAAUAGUUUCAACAAACUGUAAAAGUGGUGUUCUCUAGCCAUUCCAAAGAUACGUUUCCGGAAUGUUGACGCUUUUUCUGUAUGUAAGGGGGGGGGGGAGGAGAACCGUUUGAAAAAGAGCAUUUGUGUCAACAAACAUGUGGCCAACGUCAAACAAUGUAUAUUUAUUCUCUGUCUGCAUAUUACAUUUCAGCACGGAAAAAUGGAUACACGUCCACACUGGAUGAAAACUGGUUCAACGCCAUUUUUUUCCAAUUGAUUUUGAUUUGCCCAUUAAAAUAGCGGUAAAGCGCACACAAAACAUGACUUUAAAUAUGCUAAUGGAAUCCAUCGAUUAAAAGUAUAUCUGUUGUUCUAUUUAUUUAGAGAGGAGCGUUACCUUAUUCGCUGGGCUAAUUUCAAAAUUACAAACCAAAUCCUGGUUACUCGGUGCUUUUAGUAAAUUUAUCACAAUUCUGUGUCGAGGUUAGAUCAAGCGGUUAUACAACGAUUCCAAUCAAAACCCCAUUGUUCAUAAAACAUUUAAGCCGAUGAUCCGGCAAGGCCAAUCAAUCUGAAUCUGCAUAUAUUUUCGAAAUAGAUGCAACCAAAAUAUUCACAUCAAAAACAAAUAAUUCUCGUAUUUUGCAUGGUUUUGAUUGAAAAAUACAAACACCAACAUUGAACACACCAAAUAAUAACCUUCGAAACUAUUGCACAACUGAAACUGUGCAGAUACAAAAUGUGAAAUGUGCCGACCAAAAAAAGUUUUGUUUUUUAUUUUCAUUUUUUACAGCCAUUGCGUUAUCAACAUUAAACAUUUUCCCGCCAUAAAUUCAUGUGAAUUUUGAAUGGAGUUUCGUUGAAAAUAAAAUUAAAAUAAUUCCGUUCUAUCUAUUGCUCUGGCUCGCAAUUUUCGAUAUGAGUUCUCUGUAAUUUUCAUUGUUUCGACUGUGGUUCAAAUCAAUUUCGGGUUGGCUGUCUGACUGGCGUACAUUUUCACAUAGCUUCUUCGUAGUGCGAUGGCAAUAAUUUAAGGGGCGUAGAGCCGUGUAUUAGUAAUUUACAUAAAUUACAAAAUACUCUCUCAAAAAUGCCCAUAAAUGGGAUGGGAGGGAGCGUAAUGCAAGGCGUCGUGCUAAGCGAGCGUGUGUAUAGGAUCGCAUUAAUUGUUAACAUGGUCUGUGGUCGCAAGUAGUACAAAGUCCAUUGAAUUUAUUUUAUUUUGGCUGCGAAUAUUAUCAUUUUUUUUCUUUCUCUCCAAUGCCCAGCUAAUCCCGUAUCAAUGGCUUCGAUAUAAUUCGAUGAUAUUUAUAGUGUCCAUUACCACAGUGAUCAAUGUUAAUUGAGCUGAGGCCAAUGUAAUCGCUAAUAUCACUAGUCUAUUGAUUAAUUAGUUCUAUAUUUGGUUUCGUUAAACUCAACAUACAUUCAUUUAUGACCGAACGACCGAACCAACGAAACAGCUUCGGUUUAGCCAACGCAUUUUGGAAUUUUAUUCAAUAUUUUACAAUGAAUUUAGUGCUCAAAAGCUUUUAGCUAUGUAUCCGGCAGUGCUUCGAGCGUUCUGUGUGUGUGUAUGGGCCAAGUUAGUUAAUUGGAUAAGUGCACUAGCUAUUAGAAAAAUCAUGCAUAAUUCAAAUCGAAACAACUCGAAAACAGUCUAGUCGAUAACGUUUGUUUGUGACUCUCGAAAAUUGGCUUCAUCAUCCUGAAAAUGAAAACAAACAAACAAAAUAAGUUUUUUGUUUCCGAUUUUUUUCUAUUUCUGUGUGGGUUUCUCAAGUGCGCAAGGAAUAUUGUUAAAUUUUGGUUUUCCUUGUGAAACUUAUGAUGAUCGUGUACAGGUGGGCGUUUUGCGAUUACUUAAUCACUUGCACAAUCAUUUUUCGGAUGAUUAAGAUGGCACUUAAUCACUUAAUCGCUAUUAAUCAUGAUUAAGUGAUUGUGCAAUUGAUUAAUUAAUCAUCGAUGAUGAUUAAGUUGUUGUCUUAAUCACGAUGUCACCGUGAUUAACUGUGACAACUUAAUCAUGAUUAAGUAAAUAGUUAAUCAUGAUUAAGUAAAUUCUUAAUCAUGAUUAAGAUGUGAUUAACGAAAUGAUUGUGUAGAUUUAAUUAAUCAUUAGACGCCAUAAAUGCAGAAAUGUUGAAAAUGAUUCCCAUUUUCCACAAUCAUUUCGUUAAUCACAUCUUAAUCAUGAUUAACUA